UGGCAGGAAGAGGAGGUCCUUUUGAAAUAUGUGCCUCUGUCGAACAGCUAAGCGAAAAACUGUAUUUUCCUCUUGUUCAAUAGUUCAUUGUCUACAAUGUAUGAAGCGAGAACGUGGAAGAGUGGCGCGCGCCCGAUGCCACUUGUGAAACUAUGAUAAAUAGGUUAUGCAUUUACACUUAUUUACAAUGUAAUGAUGACAGUUCAAACAGUCCCAAAAUGCAACGGAAAGACAGGUCCGAUAAUAUGAUUUCUGUCCGUGGACCGCGACUACGUGACAACCGACCGAUAUCUUGACAUUUAACGGCAAACGGGAAUGCGCAUGUAAAUAUGCAGUUGAGUUUGUUUUUGCGCGCCCACUAAGUGAAACGAAGGGCACGAGCAAAGACAGGACACGGAAAAGGACUGGGGUGGCGCAGAAUCGAAUCAACUCAGGAUCUUGAAACUUGCGGUUAUUUCCAACCCUACCGAGUUCGUUUAUAACGGACGGUUCGACGAAUGCUCGAAUCUAUUAAAGAGGUUAAUUCACAGAAAGAAGACCGUGGAGGGUGGGCAGAAUUUCAACUGCUAUGAGGAUUCUCAAAUUCUUCAUGGGGUACAGUUGCAGAACUCUAUGAACGCUGCCUGCUGUGUGACUUUGGCUUUGUUUGAAGAAGUUGCAUGAAACUGGGCAGGGCCGUGCCUACAGACCUUUUGGGAGGCGUGGGCUUAAAAUAAAAGGGUCACCCCCCCAAAAGAAAAGGUUCCCCACAACCACAAUCACAGACUGGUUGAGCAAUUAUUACAAGAAAAGGGGGAAAGCAGCUGCACAGCCAACUGAGUCUGUAUCUGUAGACUACUAUCUACAUCUAACCAGAUGAGUCAAGCCUGAUCCCCAUAAGCUGGAUCCCACAACCUUGCAUUAACUCCCACUCUGGGCCAGACAUGUCUGUGAUAGUGGGAGAGGGGCGGUUCAUAGCCCAGAGGGUCACCAGAAGCAUCACCUACUACUACACCAGCCGGACACCAGGGGGCGAUACCCCUGCCCCCUCUCCUCCCACCAUCUCCCCCACCUCCUCCCAUCUAGACACUCCUUUUCCCUCACCCUCGUACUCCCUCUCCACCCCCUUGCUCCUAGACUUGCCCUCUCACCACGACGUUUCCUCAGUUCUCACCCCUUCCGCUUUGGAUGUACCAACCCUCUCUCCAUCCUCCCCCCGUCCCCUUCUCCUGCUUUUCCCGUGGCUGGGCGCCCGACCGGGGGCCAUGGCGAAGUACCGGGACCUCUACCUGGAACGCGGCCUGGACAUCCUAUCAGUGGAGAGCACUGUGUGGCACUUCCUGUGGCCUCGCUGGGGGCUGGAGUAUGGGGCUGAGGUCCUGGAGGUCCUGGGAGACCCGCGUUUCAAAGGUCGCCCCCUUCUGGUCCACGCCUUCUCCAUCGGCGGGUACACCUUCACCCAGCUGCUCAGCCAGAUGGUCAGGGAGCCACACAAGUACCCAGGCCUGGCCCAACGGGUCGUAGGACAUGUCUAUGACAGCAUGGUGGUCGGAUCGCUGGAGCAUAUGGCUAAAGGCCUGGGUCUGACCCUGUUCCCUCAUAUUGAGCCCCUGGUGCGAUACACUGCUCUGCUCUACUUCUGGCUCUUCAAGUCCCAGACGGUGUACUACUACGACAAGUCAAUCCAGGUCUUCUACAACAGCCCCGUCACCUCCCCGGCGCUCUUCUUCUUCUGCGAGAACGACGCGUUGUGUGACCCCAUCGUCAUGGAGGCGGUCCUCGACUUCUGGAGGAAGCGGGGCGUUGCUGUGGAAUCCAGGAAGUGGAAGGAGUCUGUGCACGCUGCUCAUCUGCGCUGUCACCCGGAGGAGUACCUCUCAACACUGGAGACAUUUUUUCACUCGCUCAACAUCGCCCCUCUCAGGGCUAAGAUGUAAAUGCUUCAUGUGAUAAUCACAUUGAGGGGUUUGAGAAUUCAAUAAAUCCGGCAAACUCCAAAACUAAUGUUAGAACAGAUGUUAUAACAAUAUUAUAACAUAGUAUAACAUAGUGUAGUCAUGCAGCAUGUAAACGUUUAUCCAUAGAAACUUGUUUGACACAUACUCAGCAUGUGGGUCAGGAGGGAAUCAAACCCUCAACACACUAGUUUUACUUCCCUGUCGCUAUAAUAACAACAUAUCCAAUCCUAACUCCUAGCAUGUGUUUUAACUGUGCUACACAUUAUUAUCUAUUUGUACAGAUAUAGGAUCUUAAUUUGACCUGCAUUGUCGUAGCAAAAUAAUGAAUGUUUAGUCCAUAAUGUUUCUUGAUCAGUGGUCAGGCUAUUAAAAGUUGGCAACAUGAAAAGUGCA